AUGCAAAUUCCCUCCUGUGAUCACUACGCAAAGAUCAACAUUGAGCUUCAACGGGGCAGCAACUUUCUCUGCAACCCACUGCCGCUGGAGAACAAUGAUCUCUACGAGGUGAAGAUUCCGUGGAUUGCCGGUGGGGGCGGCACUGGCGAACACGCUUCGGGCAAGCGGCGUAUCAACGAGUUGCUCUACCUGAACCAGUCGGCACUGUGCAAUGACCAGGUCACCUACGAGCUGUCCAGUCCAAUGAUGGACCGGGAGACGCUGAACCGCCUCUUCACCAUCACCAGUUCCACCGCCAGUUCUGUGGGCAGUUCUUCAGCAGCACCCUCAACGUUGCACUUUCGAGCACACGAGAAGUCGCUCAUUCAGCGGUACCUCCACCAGGACUUUGUCCUCUCGCUGACCGCUCGCUGGAGGGCGGCGGUAGACGCUGAUGAGCGGACCACCGAGCUAGUGCAAAGCGUCCCGGUGAGAGUGAAGAUUCUCAGCUCUGACAAGGCCAUCGGCAACAUUGUCUUCCUCAAUGAGAAGUCACUGGAGCUGGAGGAGGACUGCUGUCGAGUGGGGGCGGCCAUUUUGCAGGCGCGCAUCAACGUCAGCCAUGAUGACUUUCGCAUUCGCUACUUCCUCGCCAGUGGCUACCACGGUGAGCAGCGCCUUCUCGGCAGUGAUGACCAGUUUACGCUUAAUCCCGACACUGGGCUGCUGAUGCUGAAGCGGGAGCUCGACUUUGAGCGGAAGCACGAACAUCGAGUGAACAUUACCGCCGUCGUCUACGACAGCAAGUCGCCCAUCAUGUCGGUGUCGCAUGUGGUCAAGAUUAGAAUCCUCAACACCAACGACGAGUCGCCCGUUUUUGUGCGGCGGUCCUACGAGAAAGAGGUGCUGGAAAAUGUACGCCCCGGUUUAGUUCUGCUUAACGUGGAGGCGAAAGACAGCGACCAGCAGCCACCGAACAGCCUUCAGUCUGCCUUCAACAUUUCCUACGUCCUGCCGGGCAGCUACCAGCACGCCGACUACUUCUCGCUGAACGGUCGCACCGGUGAGCUGAAGCUGGUGAAGGCGCUGGACCGAGAGGACAUUGAGCACUUUCACGUGCCAGUCUACGCCUUUGACGAGGACCUGAAGCACCAGGCGUUGACGCUGGUCCACCUAAGGGUGCUCGACGUGAACGACCACCCGCCGAGGUGCGUUCAGGCGAGCAGUGAGCUGAAGGUGCCUGAAAGUGUCGCUCCGGGAACUGUCAUCUACAAUGUCAUUGCCGUCGACCCUGAUCACAGCAGUGCCACGACCACUACUGCCAACAUCAGCUCUCUGGAAAUGACCACCAGCAGCAGCAGUCUUCAGUACCGCAUCCUCUCGGGAAAUGUGGCCAACAAGUUUGUGCUGCACCCGAGUCGCGGCGAGCUGAGNGCUCCGGGAACUGUCAUCUACAAUGUCAUUGCCGUCGACCCUGAUCACAGCAGUGCCACGACCACUACUGCCAACAUCAGCUCUCUGGAAAUGACCACCAGCAGCAGCAGUCUUCAGUACCGCAUCCUCUCGGGAAAUGUGGCCAACAAGUUUGUGCUGCACCCGAGUCGCGGCGAGCUGAGCACCAACGCCCCGCUGGACCGUGAGAUGCAGAGCACCUACUCGCUGGUGGUGGAGGUGUCCGACUCCUUCUACAGCACCACCUGCAAUGUCACCGUGGAGCUGGCCGGCGUCAAUGACAACAGUCCCAUCUUUGAGAAGGCCGACUACUACGCCAUCCUCGACCUGGACGGCACCUUUGGCUGGCUGACGGUGGUCACCGUCCGGGCCAUUGACUCGGAUGGCGACAAGCUGCUGUACACUAUUGACACUGCCA